CACAUGAGAACUCAUAUCCGUGAGUGAGUAACAAACAAGAAGUAGGAAUCGUUUUCAUCUUUCUCUAAUUAAUUAAUUAUUAUUAUUACAGUAAUUAUUAUUAUUGUUGCUAGUGUUACUACUACUAUUACUAUUCUCACCCCUCGUUGAACUUUCUUUCAAUUAUGCUCUAAUAACACCCAUUUCUGCAACUUAUCUAUCUCCAUUCUCUCUAGCCAGCCAGCCAGCCAUGUCAUCACCACCGAAUUAUGCCCACGCGCAUACACCGCUCAUUCGCCCCCGUCGCGUGGGCCGCACGCCAGUCCUCGCGCUCCUUCUCGGACGCCGAGGUCCUUCCGUACUUGUCCGUGAAACAGCGGCGCGUGAGCUCGAGGAACGACGCGCUGAUUGGGGUUACUCGAAGCCUGUAGUAUUGCUUGACAUCGCCUGGAACACGGCUUUCGUGGUGGUUGCGGCGGUUAUGUUAGGUUGCACCGUUGACGAGAAUCCUAACACGCCGAUUCGGUUGUGGAUCUGUGGUUACGCGGUGCAGUGUCUGGUUCACGUGGCGUUGGUGUGGUUGGAGUACAGGAGGAGGAACGGGGUUGGAGGAGGAAGGGACGAAGAAGCUUUUGAUGAAGAUGUCAAUGAUAGUGAGGAUGAUGAUGGUGAUGUUGAAUUUCGGAAUUCUUCUCGCUCCGGAUUUGCAAAACGAUGUGCGUCGUUGAAUACCAUGCUUUCAUUGGUUUGGUGGAUGGUGGGCUUUUACUGGGUUGUCUAUGGUGGUGAUGUUCUAAUGCAAGACGCUCCACAGUUGUACUGGUUGGCCGUUGUCUUUCUGGCAUUUGAUGUAUUCUUUGCCAUCUUUUGUGUUGCUUUGGCAUGCUUAAUUGGCAUUGCCCUCUGCUGUUGUUUACCCUGUAUUAUUGGCAUUCUAUAUGCUGUUGCGGGACAGGAGGGUGCAUCUGAAUCAGAUCUCAGUAUGCUUCCAAAAUACAGGUUUCAGGCAGUAAGCAAUGAAGAAACACCUGAUCCAAGAGGUGGAUCAAUGGUUCCCAUUGAAAAUAGCAGUGGUGCAAAUGAACGAGUACUUUCACCUGAGGAUGCGGAAUGCUGUAUAUGCAUCUCUUCCUAUGAGGAUGGAGCAGAACUUCAUGCUCUUCCUUGUAACCACCAUUUCCACUCCACAUGCAUAGUGAAAUGGUUAAAGAUGAAUGCAACUUGUCCUCUUUGCAAAUACAAUAUUCUUAAGGGAAAUGAACAGGUGUGACUGAUAGUAAAGAAAAUCCGUGAUAUAAUAUCAAUCCAGUUUUAAUCAUGCGACAGAAUCAGCGGUUCAAAUGCCGAUGUGUAUAUCUAUGUAGAUAAUAUCAAACUAAGAAACAAUAGACCUUCUCCCAAUUUGCUCGAUCUAGCUGUCAAUGUUUUGCUUAUGUAAGUAAUGGUAAAGUUAAGAAGGAAAGCUUGUUAUAGAGAUAUAGUGUUUAUUUUGAAUAAGUUAUUGAUUUCAUGCUUCAGAGUUUGUUCACAUGGGAGAAAAUAAUGGAUAUUUUAGCAUUCCAACUUAAUUCUUAUCUUAUUGCAUUUAUGGGUU